CUGAGGUUGACAUCAGUCCUCUUUUAUAUAGGCCCGAACGGCCGUUGCAGUAUGGCACGCGUCCAGAGAUAGACUUUGAUAAUGCCCGGGUGAGCUACUUCUUUCGAAAUCCGUGAGGACGAUGGUGCACGAGCACGUAAUCGCCCGUGAUAGUGUAAGUUCAGUUUCGAUAGGAAGGAUAUGACUGGAAGACGCAUGAAGUCUUUGUGGGUCCUCAUGGGCCUCGAGCACUUCUGAAGAACAUGUUCUGAGUCUUCGUGCUCCUCUGACAGUAUAGAAAAUCACAGAGCAGACGGAAAGAAACGAUGUCGAGAGACGAAGUCGCUGUCCGUGGUUCCCGUCGGAGGGGAUGCCAUUCACGAACGGCGCGUUCCGCUGGCUUCCGCUCUUUGCAAUACCCCCUGUGGCGCAAGUGUGGCACCUGGCCUGUAGCACGCCAUGAACGACCGGGACGUUGCCUCGAAAAUUAGAGCUCGUCUAGGAAUGGAAUACAAU